UUUACUGCUUUUUGGUAAACCCUUUUGGCUUUUUUUUCAGACCAUUUUUGUGUUUUUACUGCUUUGAUUACUUCCUUUUCAAUGUCUUUCACUGUUGGUUGAAAUGCAAUGGAAGCAUUUUCUAAUUUUGCAUUGUUAUAAUGCUGAAGUUGGAAUUGAUUAAUUAAACAAGUACUUAUAUAAAUUAUAAUUAAAUUUUGAAUUUAAUUAAACUAGCAUCAUGAAUGAUAGUCUUUAGGUAUACAUAAACCAAUGAAGACAAUAUUGGUUGUUUUUUUUUAUAAUCAACAGGACACAACAAAUACUGUAAAUAUUAUAUUAUGUAUAAUAUUCAACUAUUUUUGUAAAUAAUUAUCUAGUUUCAGGUAAAAUUUAAAAAUUUGUUUUACCUACUUGAUAUGCUGUCAAUGGUAGAGUAACAGCUAAUCUUAGAACUACAGCACUAAGCAUUAUUGAAGACCACCAAGACAUGCCUGUCACUUCAUGAAAUGAAAUUACAAAUUGUUGGGCAUAAGCUACCGGUGUACUGUUCGACAAAGCCAUGAACCACGAAGGAAAUGUUACUGAAGACAUUGAUGAGGCACAUCUGUGUGGUAAAUUAUGUGGGUAUAAGGUGUUAUUUUUAUUAUAAAACGAUUUAUUAAGAGUUGAUUUUUUCGUAUAAUAAUAGCACAAAUGACGGCAAUCGAUCAGUUUAUGUAAAUUUAUUUGGCGAAUACAUAAAGCCUGGAUAAUCAUUUUCCAAGUACAAAAAAUUCUUAUAUCGAUAGAUGGGUAAUUAUGAUAUGUAUUUAAAGAAAUAUAUUUAAAAAUAUGAUCAUUACAUGAGUAAAUGUAUUGAAUGUUUACGAAAACAUUUAAUCAAUAAUUUCAAAAUUUAUUAUAGUAACUUUAAAAAAUUAUUUUAAAGACCUUAUAUUUCAUAUCAUUUAAUCAUUUAAUUUUUAAAAAAAAAAUAAAAAACUUCUAAGCAACACCAUUUUAAAAAAUUAUUAUCUAAAGACGGGCUACGGAGAUAGUAAAAUAAUUAUGGUGAACGCGAAAUAAUCUUAAAACGUUUUAAGAUACGUUACUAUUUCAGAACGCUGCUUCAAUGUUGCUUGCCUGCUUAUUACAUUUUAACGUUGCGUUUUGUUGAUUACUGUAUCAAAUUGUUUUCAACAGCUGCUGAUUCUCAAUGUGACUACAUAUUUGAUAGGCUAUCUGACUAUAUCUUAUCUAUGUAUUAUAAUCAUGGUAUAAUAUGCUUCAUUUCAAAAUUAACUUGUAGAGUUUUAUUUUUUUUAAACUGAAUGGCGAAUAUCAAUACCAAUUCGAAAUCAGAAUUUAUAUGAUGGAUGCCUAAAUAGUAAAUACUCUGUAAUAAUAUUUAAUUAUUCAUACAGUUAUUGACUAAAUAGUUAAUUCGUUAAAUGUAAAUUAAUAUUUUUCCCAAAAUAAUUUCAGUUUGUAAUUGUAUAACUAAAAAUCUUGCGUAGUUUAAUUUUAUACCUAUUAGAAAAAUUGACUGGAAUGGAUCGAUUCGAAUAUGCUAAACUAGAUCCUGCCGAAACCGUAAUAUGUGGUCACAAAAAUGUCACUUUAUAUGAUGGAGAUUACAAGACUUCAUUUCAUCGUGGUAAUAUUAUUUUAACUGCCACUCGUUUUUUUUGGACAUUAGGAGAGGCAUGGUUAUCAUUACAGCUUCGGUACAUAGUUUACAUUGAGUGUACAGUCACUGAUACUUUGUUUGGUUCUAAAAUUAAAACCAUUGUUAUUCACUUGUUACCAUCUGAUAAUACAAAUCCAGGCCCUGUUGCGUGUGUUACAGGCAAUUAUAUCAAACUUGAUUUUAAAGAUAAAGUUCCAGAAGGUUUUUUUGAUGUAUUUCAGAAAACAAUCGGGGAAAAAAAAUGGUUAAUAGGUAAAAUUCCGCAUCAUAUAAGAACAGGAAUUGGAGGGAUCGAAAAAAAUAUUUAUGAAAAACAAAAAGCAUCAGAUGUUAGUAUUACAGAUGCUUUUAAAGAUUUAGACCGACUUAUGAUCACUGCAAAAGACAUGGUAAUGAUAAGUAAAAAUAUUUCUGAAAAAAUCAAAGAAAAACAAGGUGCUAUUAGUGAUGAUGAAACUGUCCGUUUCAAAUCUUACCUUUUAGGUCUUGGUGUUGAUGAUCCAGUUACUAGAUCUUCGUUCACUGAUUCAAAUUCAUAUUAUACCACUCUUUGUAAAGAAAUAAUUAAAAUUAUUCAAGUCUCAUUGGAUGAAGUUGGUGGAACAAUGGCCCUUGCAGAGGUUUAUUGUCGAGUAAAUAGAGCUAGAGGAUUAGAUCUAUUAUCACCAGAAGAUUUAAUGCAUGCAUGCUUUAUGAUGAAUAGUGACACAUCAUCACCAAUAAAACUAAAACAAUUUGAUAGUGGAGUAUUAGCUUUACAAUCUUCUAUGUGCGAAGAAUCUGUUGUAUUAAAAAAAAUUGUUGAAGCAUUGAAAAUAAGCGGGUCAUUAAGUGCUCAAGAACUAUCAACAUCAAUUGGAGUCUCAGUUCUACUAGCUAAAGAAUAUUUAUUGACUGCUGAAAAAAAUGGAAAAUCAUGCCGAGACGAGAGCAUUGAAGGCUUAAAAUUUUAUCUUAAUAAAUUCUUAGAGGAAAACUAAUAAAUUAAACAUUUUCAUCUAAUUGUUUUCAAAUAACACAGCAGAUUACAUAUUAUUAUUAUAAAUAAAAAUUACUAAUUAUUAUUUAUUAGUAUAACAUUAAAUAAAUUUAACUUGAUAAAGGAAUGUGUACAUUUGUUUAAUUAGAGUAAAAAAGUAAAAUGAGACUGGUAAAUAUUAAAAAUAUACUUCUAUGCUAUUGAUAAGUUAUGUAAUAUAAUAUAAGUCAUAAUUAUUUUUAUUAUUUUUUUAUUUACUCAAUACUUUGGGUCCCAUCCAAAUAUCAAUUAUUUUGAUAUUUACUGUAAUAUUACAUUAUAAUACAAAAUUGUAAUAUAAUAUUAUAUUAGGUGUGUUGUGUAUGCAUAUUAUACAGGAUAAUAUAACACUCAUUAUGUUGGAAAGUGUUAAUUUUUUUUGAAAUUUACUUUUUAGAACAUUUAAGAAAUUAGUAGCUUUAAAAUAUUACAUUAUUCUUUUUUUUUUUUUGUGUUAUCCUUAUUUUAGGGGUCAAACUACUACCUACUCUUGAUUUUAAAAUGGUGACCUUUAUUAAAAAUUCCAUAAACAGAUGGAAUAUCAGUUAACAAUAUAUUUUAUGUAUACCACUUUUAAGUUUUGGUGGUGGAGGGAGGGAUGAGUAGUGGUUCAUCAUUUGUAUGGUAGCACAGAACAUAGUGUUAGAAUGAUAUUCUAAAACCAAAUUCUGAAGAAAAAAUUUAGUACUUUCUGAGACAAUGAGUGUUUUAUGUAAUGUUAAUUACUUUGUAUUUGUUUAAAAUUAAUAAUUAUAUUA